UACACCUUCUGUCAAACCGGCAAAACAAAACGCAGCUUGGCCGUCAUCUUUCUUUCCUCUUGACAUUUUGUUCAAGAAGAACGUAUACCAUUUCGGCUUAACACGUUUCGUGUCUUUACGACUUAAAAAAUGCGUUACGUGGCCGCGUAUUUACUCGCCGAGCUGGGCGGCAAGGCCAACCCGGCCGCGUCGGACCUGGAGAAGAUCCUGAGCUCCGUCGGCAUUGAGGCUGAUGCUGAGAAGCUGAAGAAGGUCAUUGCUGAGCUCGCUGGCAAGAGCAUUGAGGAGCUGAUCGCUGCUGGCCGCGAGAAGCUGUCGUCGAUGCCGUCGGGCGCCGCCGCGCCGGCCGCCGCCGCCGCCGCCGCGCCGGCCGCCGCCGCUGCCGAGAAGAAGGAAGAGAAGGAGACCAAGAAGGAGGAGUCCGAGUCUGAAGAUGAGGACAUGGGCUUCGGUCUCUUUGACUAAAUGCAUUUUGCAGAUGCGGCACGCGCGGUCGUUAUUCCAAGUAUGGUGUAAGCGUAACUUGACUGCGAGUAUGUUUCUAUGAAAUAUAUCUUGCAAAACA